ACAUCAUCGGUCUGUCUGGCCUCAUCACGCCCUCGCUGGAUGAGAUGAUCUACGUUGCCAAGGAGAUGGAGCGGCUUGGGAUGAAGACCCCACUGCUGAUCGGAGGGGCCACCACCUCCAAGACCCACACGGCAGUGAAGAUCGCUCCCCGUUACAGCUGUCCUGUGGUGCAUGUUCUGGAUGCUUCCAGGAGUGUGGUGGUGUGUUCCCAGCUGCUUGAUGAGAAUGUGAAGGAGGAGUUCUUUGAGGAGACGACAGAGGAGUACGAAGACAUCAGACAGGACCACUACGACUCUCUAAAGGAGAGGCGCUUCCUGUCUCUAGCCCAGGCCAGGGAGAAAGGACUCCAUGUGGAUUGGCUUUCUGGGGCCAAACCAGUGUGUCCUCAGUUCCUGGGUACCCGUGUGUUUGAGGGGUAUGACCUGCGGAGGCUGGUGGACUAUAUCGACUGGAAGCCUUUCUUUGACGUGUGGCAGCUUAGAGGGAAGUACCCUAACAGAGGGUACCCCAAGAUCUUUAAGGACACAACCGUGGGUGAGGAGGCUCGGAGGGUGUUUGACGACGCCCAGCGGCUCCUCAACAGACUGAUAGAUAAUAAGGGUCUCUGGGGGCGUGGCCUGGUUGGCUUCUGGCCCGCCCAGAGUGUAGGAGACGACAUCCAGGUGUACGAACAUGACGUCACACCUCGCUCCUCCACGCCCCUCGCCACUUUCUACGGACUACGCCAACAGGCAGAGAAGGACAGUGCCAGCUCAGACCCCUACUACUGCCUGUCCGACUUCGUGGCCCCGAGGGCCAGCCGUGUGUCGGACUACAUGGGGAUGUUUGCUGUAGCUGUGUUCGGGGCGGAGGAGCUGAGCAAACAGUUUGAGACCCAGGGAGACGACUACAACAGUAUCAUGGUGAAGGCUCUGGCUGACCGCCUGGCUGAGGCGUUUGCCGAGGAGCUCCACGCCAGGGUGCGUCGGGAGCUGUGGGGCUACAGCGUGGAGGAGAACCUCCCGGCAGAGGACAUGCACAGGAUCCGAUACGAGGGCAUCAGGCCAGCCGCAGGAUACCCCUCCCAGCCCGACCACACUGAGAAGACCGCCAUGUGGACGCUGGGCGAGGUAGAGGAGAAGACGGGUAUCAAGUUGACUGAGUCUCUGGCCAUGACCCCAGCAGCUGCCGUCUCUGGGCUGUACUUCUCUCAUCCUAAAGCUACCUACUUCGCAGUGGGAAAGAUCACCAGAGAACAGGUGGAGGACUAUGCUGGGAGGAAAGAGAUGCCAGUGUCUGAGGUGGAACGCUGGCUGGGGCCAAUCCUGGGCUACGACACUGACUGACAGUGAUACUUCAACCAAUCCUGGGCUUCGACACUGACUGACAGUGAUACUUCAACCAAUCCUGGGCUACGACACUGACUGACAGUGAUACUUCAACCAAUCCUGGGCUACGACACUGACUGACAGUGAUACUUCAACCAAUCCUGGGCUACGACACUGACUGACAGUGAUACUUCAACCAAUCCUGGGCUACGACACUGACUGACAGUGAUACUUCAACCAAUCCUGGGCUACGACACUGACUGACAGUGAUACUUCAACCAAUCCUGGGCUACGACACUGACUGACAGUGAUACUUCAACCAAUCCUGGGCUACGACACUGACUGACAGUGAUACUUCAACCAAUCCUGGGCUACGACACUGACUGACAGUUAAACUUCAACCAAUCCUGGGCUACGACACUGACUGACAGUGAUACUUCAACCAAUCCUGGGCUACGACACUGACUGACAGUGAUACUUCAACCAAUCCUGGGCUACGACACUGACUGACAGUGAUACUUCAACCAAUCCUGGGCUACGACACUGACUGACAGUGAUACUUCAACCAAUCCUGGGCUACGACACUGACUGACAGUGAUACUUCAACCAAUCCUGGGCUUCGACACUGACUGACAGUGAUACUUCAACCAAUCCUGGGCUACGACACUAAUGCAUCCACAACCACUACCUAGAAAACAGAGGCGCUGCUCAAUGGUCAUGUCUAGAUGGGAUACAGGUUUUGGCAAAUUGACGUCAAAAUUUGACAAAUUCUAACCCUUUUCCCAACCUUAACCCAGUUCUCCCUAACCUGCUACGUUAGUUCUCCCUAACCUGCUACGUGAGUUCUCCCUAACCUGCUACGUUAGUUCUCCCUAACCUGCUACGUUAAUUCUCCCUAACCUGCUACGUUAGUUCUCCCUAACCUGCUACGUUAAUUCUCCCUAACCUGCUACGUGAGUUCUCCCUAACCUGCUACGUGAGUUCUCCCUAACCUGCUACGUGAGUUCUCCCUAACCUGCUACGUUAAUUCUCCCUAACCUGCUACGUUAGUUCUCCCUAACCUGCUACGUGAGUUCUCCCUAACCUGCUACGUGAGUUCUCCCUAACCUGCUACGUUAGUUCUCCCUAACCUGCUACGUUAGUUCUCCCUAACCUGCUACGUUAGUUCUCCCUAACCUGCUACGUUAGUUCUCCCUAACCUGCUACGUUAGUUCUCCCUAACCUGCUACGUGAGUUCUCCCUAACCUGCUACGUUAGUUCUCCCUAACCUGCUACGUUAAUUCUCCCUAACCUGCUACGUUAGUUCUCCCUAACCUGCUACGUUAGUUCUCCCUAACCUGCUACGUUAGUUCUCCCUAACCUGCUACGUUAGUUCUCCCUAACCUGCUACGUGAGUUCUCCCUAACCUGCUACGUUAGUUCUCCCUAACCUGCUACGUUAAUUUUCCCUAACCUGCUACGUUUAUUCUCCCUAACCUGCUACGUUAGUUCUCCCUAACCUGCUACGUUAAUUCUCCCUAACCUGCUACGUUAAUUCUCCCUAACCUGCUACGUUAAUUCUCCCAACCUUAACCCAAUUCUCCCUAACCUGCUAAGUUAAUUCUCCCUAACCUGCUAUGUUAGUUCUCCCUAACCUGCUACGUUAGUUCUCCCUAACCUGCUACGUUUAUUCUCCCUAACCUGCUAUGUUAAUUCUCCCUAACUCCCUAACUUGCUACAAAAAGUAAAUUCUGAAAAAAUCUGCAUCCCUUCUAGACCCUGCUUAGGGCCAGAUAAUAAAAAGAAACCUACACUUCUAGUGAAUCAAGGCUCAACUUGAAAAAAAAACAAGUUUAUUUUUUAUAGCUAUUUUCAAAAUGGCCACCUGUCAGUUAAGAAAUGGAGAUGUUUUUAUAUGGUCUAACAUUUUACAGUUUUAAUAUAACAGCUGUUGCCAAUGUCAUUUAUACUUUAUUCUGGCAAUCACAAUCUUAGAUUUGAAUAAUUAACAGAUACAUAUGGUUUAAUUUCAGAAUUGGAUCAUUAGGGACAUAUUAAGUUCUAGAAGACGUUAAUUUCCUCAGCAGUUGUUUAUUUGAGAUUGUAGUUAUGCUAAUUAGAUACAACUUGUUUACAAAAUGUUUAAUUAGUAAAAAUGGUCUUCAUCACAAAAUGUACACUUACUUGACACGCCAUAUUAAUGUCUACACCUCUAUAAAAGGUACAUGUUUUUAUGAAUGGAUAUUGUAAAUUACGGAUUUGAAUGAUUUGGAUUGUUUCACAAUUUGUCUUUAAAGAAAUGUGCCAAAAACUAUUGACUGACCAGUUAUCAUUGUCAUUUUGCAAUGUUAUCGAUUUAUCCUGGAGGUGUCCACUAUUUCUGAAAAGAAGUAGUGAUUUAUUUUAUUUUAUGAAUGUUCUGAGAUUACAGUGUUUGAUCUGGAACCAUAUUCAUUUAGUAUAAAAUAAUUUACUCAG